AUGUGGAAAGCGGUCAGAACCGAGUUACAUCUAGCCUGUCCAAUAUUUCAGGAUCCACAGGGACAGCGGUAUCAUGAACCCUUGUAUUUUAAGGUUAUAGAAUCUUUGGCUGAGUCUGUGUGGGCAUACGGAAUCGCGGCCUCCUUUGCUGUGGCCCAGGUGGAGGCCCUAAACAGACACUGCGUGACGCCCGGUGAUUGGAGUGGGCUCGCACGAGCUUGUUUGAGCCCAGGUCAGUAUUUAGAUUGGAAGGCCUUUUUGAUUAAAUUUGCUAGUGAAGAGGCUGCGGCCAAUCAGGCUGCGGGAAACCCAGCUUGGGACAGAGAUAUGCUGCUUGGACAGGGGAGAUUCGCCAAUCAGCAGAUAGGCUACCCGGUUCAAGUUUAUGAACAAAUAAAUAAAAUUGGCAUAAAGGCAUGGAAGGCCUUACCAAAUAAAGGCGAGGUGAGUGGCAAUCUCACCAAAAUCCUGCAGGGCUCUACGGAGCCGUUUUCGGACUUUGUUGCCUGUAUGGUCGUGGCCGCUGGCAGAAUUUUUGGUGACCCAGACGCAGCCAUGCCAUUAAUUAAACAGCUUGUUUAUGAGCAAUGCACUAAGAAAUGCAGAGCUGCCAUAACCCCAUAUAAGAAUAGGGAACUAGAAGCAUGGAUAAAAGUUUGCAGAGAGCUGGGCGGACCACUAACUAAUACUGGAUUAGCUGCUGCUGUGGUAAAUAAAGAUAGGUAUAUUAUAUUUACUACAGCAAACAGUAUUAUGCCAGGAACUAUUGGAAAGUUACAUGAACAAGUCCUCGAGGACAUUUGGAAACAGACGUCAGAUGUGAUACUUCUUCAGUAUGAUUUCUGGAAUGUGAAAGAGGUGUCUAAAUGGGACGUUAGCUUUACCUUGCAAGAUACAUCUUCAGAAGAAAGGUCAGGAGGAAUUGUGAUUACAUUAAGGAAGAAUGAGGAUUUAGCCUCCUUCAUGUCCGAACGUGAUAGAAUCCUACCAAAGGGUCAGCUGGCUUCAUUACUCUUCUACCUGCAUGACUACCAGCUCUCCGUGAGAUCAGUCAUGAUGUCUCACAUUCAGAAGCACGGUGAGCGCCGGCCAGGCCGUCAGGCCCAAACAGAAGGCUCAGGCAUGGUAGAUGCACAAGUUCCUGCAGCUGAGGCAAUGGGUGCCACAGCUGCUUCCUCUUCUGCUGAGAUCCCAGAAACUGUGGAGGAAGUUCUUGCUACUAUUGGAAUCCCAAGUGUUUCUGAGAGUCUUCAGAAGAUCUAUUGCUCCUUCCCUGCCAUCAAAGCUACUCCACCAAGCAAACCAAAGGCAGAUUCCAGUGUUCAAACUGAGGAGAAUCCAAAUACCUCAAAGGCCAAAGCAGAUGCUGAGAGGCUGCUCAUUACUGUAAAGAAGACGGUGGCUGACUUGGUGGAAUUUCUUUGUGACAAGUGCACAAAAAAGGAAGCUGUUAAUAGAAAAGAACUGCGGAAGUACGUUACCAAAGAGCUCAAGUUUUACUUUCCCAAAAUCUUCAGGACUGUGUGUGAAUGCAUGGAAGGAAUCUUUGGCAUUCAGGUGAAAGAAACAGACUUUUCUCCCCACUCCUAUAUAUUCAUCAAAAUUCUCGAUCUUACUUAUGAUGGGAUGGAGAGUGAUGACGAGGGCCUUCCCAAGCUGGGCCUUCUCAUACUUGUACUAUGUGUGAUCUUCAUGGAGGGCAACCGUGUCUCCGAAAAGAAGGUCUGGGAGGUGCUGAGUGUAAUUGGGGUGUAUUCUGGGAAGAAGAAUUUUAUUUUUGGAGAUCCCAGGAAGUUGAUUACUGAAGAUUUUGUGCAGGAGGAGUAUCUGAAGUAUGGGGCAGUGCCCUACACUUAUCCGACUUACUAUGAGUUCAGAUGGGGCCCAAGGGCCCAUGCUGAAACCAGUAAGAUGAAACUCUUGCCGUUUUUCACCAAGGUCAAAAGAAGUAAUUGCCGGACCUUUGGAGCCUUGUACAAUGAAGCUAUGGAUGAAGAGGAAGAGAGAAUCAAGUUUGCAGUAGGCAAGCAAGUCCAGCAGCUCCUCAUACCCUAA